AUGCUGACCUCCCGUGGCAGUGCUCUGAGCUCCUGUGGCAGCGCCCUGACCUCGCGUGGCAGUGCUCUGAGCUCCUGUGGCAGCGCCCUGACCUCCCGUGGCAGCGUCCUGACCUCCCGUGGCAGUGCUCUGAGCUCCUGUGGCAGCGCGCUGAUCUCCCAUGGCAGUGCUCUGAGCUCCCGUGGCAGUGCUCUGAGCUCCCGUGGCAGUGCUCUGAGCUCCCGUGGCAGUGCUCUGAGUUCCCGUGGCAGUGCUCUGACCUCCCGUGGCAGUGCUCUGACCUCCCGUGGCAGUGCUCUGAGCUCCCGUGGCAGUGCUCUGAGCUCCCGUGGCAGUGCUCUGAUCUCCCGUGGCAGUGCUCUGAGCUCCCGUGGCAGUGCUCUGAUCUCCUGUGGCAGUGCCCUGACCUCCCGUGGCAGCGUCCUGACCUCCCGUGGCAGUGCUCUGAGCUCCUGUGGCAGCGCGCUGAGCUCCCAUGGCAGUGCUCUGAGCUCCCGUGGCAGUGCUCUGAGCUCCCGUGGCAGUGCUCUGAGUUCCCGUGGCAGUGCUCUGACCUCCCGUGGCAGUGCUCUGACCUCCCGUGGCAGUGCUCUGAGCUCCCGUGGCAGUGCUCUGAGCUCCCGUGGCAGUGCUCUGAUCUCCCGUGGCAGUGCUCUGAGCUCCCGUGGCAGUGCUCUGAGCUCCUGUGGCAGUGCCCUGACCUCCUGUGGCAGCGCGCUGAGCUCCCAUGGCAGUGCUCUGAGCUCCCGUGGCAGUGCUCUGAGCUCCUGUGGCAGCGCCCUGACCUCCCGCGGCAGUGCUCUGAGCUCCCGUGGCAGCGCGCUGAGCUCCCAUGGCAGUGCUCUGAGCUCCCGUGGCAGUGCUCUGAGCUCCCGUGGCAGUGCUCUGAGCUCCCGUGGCAGCGCCCUGAGCUCCCGUGGCAGUGCUCUGACCUCCCGUGGCAGUGUUCUGAGCUCCUGUGGCAGCGCCCUGACCUCCCGUGGCAGUGCCCUGACCUCCCGUGGCAGUGCUCUGACCUCCCGUGGCAGCGCGCUGAGCUCCCGUGGCAGCGCGCUGAGCUCCCAUGGCAGUGCUCUGAGCUCCCGUGGCAGUGCUCUGAGCUCCUGUGGCAGCGCGCUGAGCUCCCAUGGCAGUGCUCUGAGCUCCUGUGGCAGUGCUCUGAUCUCCCGUGGCAGUGCUCUGAUCUCCUGUGGCAGCGCGCUGAGCUCCCAUGGCAGUGCUCUGAGCUCCUGUGGCAGUGCUCUGAGCUCCCGUGGCAGCGCCCUGACCUCCCGUGGCAGCGCCCUGACCUCCCGUGGCAGUGCUCUGAGCUCCCGUGGCAGCGCGCUGAGCUCCCGUGGCAGUGCUCUGAGCUCCCGUGGCAGUGCUCUGAGCUCCCGUGGCAGCGCGCUGAGCUCCCGUGGCAGUGCUCUGAGCUCCCGUGGCAGUGCUCUGAUCUCCCGUGGCAGUGCUCUGAGCUCCCGUGGCAGUGCUCUGAUCUCCCGUGGCAGUGCUCUGAGCUCCUGUGGCAGUGCUCUGACCUCCCGUGGCAGUGCUCUGACCUCCCGUGGCAGCGUCCUGACCUCCCGUGGCAGUGCUCUGAGCUCCCGUGGCAGCGCCCUGACCUCCCGUGGCAGCGCCCUGACCUCCCGUGGCAGCGCGCUGAGCUCCCGUGGCAGCGCGCUGAGCUCCCGUGGCAGUGCUCUGAGCUCCCGUGGCAGUGCUCUGAGCUCCCGUGGCAGCGCGCUGAGCUCCCGUGGCAGUGCUCUGAGCUCCCGUGGCAGUGCUCUGAGCUCCCGUGGCAGUGCUCUGAGCUCCCGUGGCAGCGCGCUGAGCUCCCAUGGCAGUGCUCUGAGCUCCUGUGGCAGCGCCCUGAGCUCCCUGGCAGUCGCGCUGAGCUCCCGUGGCAGUGCUCUGAGCUCCCGUGGCAGCGCCCUGAGCUCCCGUGGCAGUGCUCUGAGCUCCCGUGGCAGUGCUCUGAGCUCCCGUGGCAGCGCCCUGACCUCCCGUGGCAGCGCGCUGAGCUCCCGUGGCAGUGCUCUGAGCUCCCGUGGCAGUGCUCUGAGCUCCCAUGGCAGUGCUCUGAGCUCCCGUGGCAGUGCUCUGAGCUCCCGUGGCAGUGCUCUGAGCUCACGUGGCAGCGCGCUGAGCUCCCAUGGCAGUGCUCUGAGCUCCCGUGGCAGUGCUCUGACCUCCCGUGGCAGUGCCCUGACCUCCCGUGGCAGUGCUCUGACCUCCCGUGGCAGCGCGCUGAGCUCCCGUGGCAGUGCUCUGAGCUCCCAUGGCAGUGCUCUGAGCUCCCGUGGCAGUGCUCUGAGCUCCUGUGGCAGCGCUCUGAGCUCCCGUGGCAGUGCUCUGACCUCCCGUGGCAGUGCUCUGAGCUCCCGUGGCAGCGCCCUGACCUCCCAUGGCAGUGCUCUGAGCUCCCGUGGCAGCGCCCUGACCUCCCAUGGCAGUGCUCUGAGCUCCCGUGGCAGUGCUCUGACCUCCCGUGGCAGUGCCCUGACCUCCCGUGGCAGUGCUCUGACCUCCCGUGGCAGCGCGCUGAGCUCCCGUGGCAGUGCUCUGAGCUCCCAUGGCAGUGCUCUGAGCUCCCGUGGCAGUGCUCUGAGCUCCUGUGGCAGCGCUCUGAGCUCCCGUGGCAGUGCUCUGACCUCCCGUGGCAGUGCUCUGAGCUCCCGUGGCAGCGCCCUGACCUCCCAUGGCAGUGCUCUGAGCUCCCGUGGCAGCGCCCUGACCUCCCAUGGCAGUGCUCUGAGCUCCCGUGGCAGUGCUCUGACCUCCCGUGGCAGUGCCCUGACCUCCCGUGGCAGCGCGCUGAGCUCCCAUGACAAUGCCCUGAGCUCCCGUGACAGCGCCCUGACCUCCCGUGAUAGCGCUGAGCUCCCAUGGCAGUGCUCUGAGCUCCCGUGGUAG